GCAGUGGAGUUGACAGUAGAACUGGUAUGAAGAUACAUGGCGCAAUGGGGGGAGCAAAGCCGCAGUCUUGCGGAGAGCUUUUACCAUUAACCCUCUGAGAAAUCUUCUUCCCCCAGCCGCCCCACUGUCGCGAUAGCUACAUUCCACCUUCCCUCAACCUUUCUUUCUAGCCUCACCUAACUUCGGGCAUUUCACCUUUCUUCUCCACCCCCACACAUUAUCGCGGCCGGCCUUGAUGAAUCUUGGCGAUUCUGGUUCUGUACAGUGGGAUUGGCACGGGAAGGCAUGGCUGUGAGGUCUGUGCCAAUCUGGGUAUGUUGUUCGGACCAGCGACAUUGCCCUCGGAACCCUAGAAGAUCCGGGUCUCGAUUGGGCGUUUCUGAGUUCGGGUGUGGGGGUCCCGGGUUCUCGGACUCGGGUUCGGUCAAGAAAUGGGCUUGCUGUUCGGCUAUGACGGCUGUGGAGAAGAAGAAGCCAUUGAUGCAAUCUGGGGUUGCUUCGCCGAUUGGUGGUAGCGGAGUUGAAGACCAGCCUCGGAUCACUCAAUCCAGUGGGUUUCACAGGGAUCUGCAGUCUCUUCCAAAACCAUUGUCGGCAGCUGAUCUUUAUUCUUAUCCUAAUGAUGCUUCGAAGGUUCGGGUUGCCUAUCAGGGCAUUCCUGGGGCAUAUGGUGAGGCAGCUGCACUUAAAGCAUAUCCAAUGUGUGAGACUGUACCAUGUGACCAAUUUGAAGCUGCAUUUAAGGCUGUAGAGCUUUGGCUAGUGGACAAAGCAGUACUUCCCAUUGAGAACUCUGUAGGGGGUAGCAUCCACCGUAAUUAUGAUUUACUCCUUCGUCACAGGCUGCAUAUAGUUGGCGAAGUUGAGCUUCCUGUUAAUCAUUGCCUUUUAGGCCUACCCGGAGUCAGGAAGGAGGAACUAAAACGUGUUUUGAGCCAUCCCCAGGCUCUGGAUCAAUGUGAAAUGACUUUGAAUCAGUUGGGUGCUGUUAGAGUGAAUGUCAAUGACAGUGCAGGUGCUGCCCAGAUGGUAGCAUCUGAAGGGACGAGAGACACUGGGGCAAUAGCUAGUGCUCGAGCUGCAGAAAUUUAUGGCCUUAAUAUCAUUGCAGAAUAUAUUCAGGAUUAUUCGAGCAAUAUUACCCGUUAUCUGAUACUUGCCAGAGAACCAUUAAUAUCUGGAACAGACAGGCCGUACAAGACUAGCAUUGUUUUUGCCCUAGAAGAAGGGCCCGGAGUUCUAUUCAAGGCCUUAGCAUGCUUUUCUCUGAGAGACAUUAAUUUGUCAAAGAUUGAAAGCCGCCCACAGAGAAACAAUCCAUUGAGAGUAGUCGAUGCUUCCAAUAAAGGAAGUGCCAAGUACUUCGAUUACUUGUUUUACAUAGACUUUGAAGCAUCUAUGGCCGAACCACGUGCACAAUAUGCUUUGGGACAUUUACAGGUCACUUACUUUUCUACUUCAUCUGAGAUGACUUAUUUUCAAAGAAAAUCUGCUUUUUAUCAGAACACUUUCAAAGCAAGAAAAUGAAAAAGGAAUUGCAUUAUGUAGGCCGUAAAAUUUUGUAUCUUUGUCACACAUAAAUUUUGUACUCUAUCCGUCCCCAAGAAAGUGUCUUGCUUCAGGCCUUCAACAAAACAAAUUGAUUUCUCAUGUAAUUUUCCAAAAAUCACCAACAGAUAACUUUAGUCGAAACAGCGUAUAAAUUUUAAAAAUGCAGGAUGGUAAUGUUGAUUACUUAAAUAAGUUUUACCUUAUCAAAAGUGAAACAUGAUUUAGAGUAUGCUUGACUGUUAUUAUACAGAUGCCCGGGAUUGGUUUAGAGUAACUUUCCUGACAUCAAAUGAAUCUGGACCAUCUCUUGGUUCUAGUUAACUACCCUUAUUCUCAUUUUAUGACAUGCAAAAAAAAGACUGUUUAUGUUGCAGGAAAUUGCGAGAUUCAUUCGUGUCCUCGGUUGCUACCCGAUGGAUACCCCUCCAUAAACAGGGAUGGGGGGACUGCCCUUUGGUAGGACAUUUAACCCUGAAUUGCUGGGCAAUUUUCAACCCUCUGUACAGACAUUCCAACCAGUAUCUCAAGCCUGGAUUGCUAGGUUUUUUUUUUAAAUUUCUGACUCAGUGCCCAUUCUUACACGUUCUUUUUAAAAAAACACUUAUUUUAGUGUAUAUUUUAGUCAUGAGAAUUGAAUGAAACUCAAUGUGCAUUAUGGUAAUAAUGUGAAUCAUUAUGU